CCGUGCAUCAUUUGGGGCGGGCGAGCCGGGGCCGGGCGGCGGCGGACGGCGGUCGAGCGGCGGGAACAGCGGGCCGCGGGAAGAUAACGGUCGGCGGCGGUCCAAGCGCCAUGAGCGGAGCGGGCAGCGGAAAGAUGCGAGGCUUCGGUCAAAAUAAUAAUAUGGAUUUAGAUGGAACGUGUAAGGGUGCGGAUUAAAGCAUGAAGCCGACAGAUGCAAAUUCAGGAAGUAUGUCUGUCGAGUAUGUAACCAAGAAGGACACUUAAAAAGGGUGUGUCCUAGGCUGCGCGGAAGUUCGUCCCUAUACAACGUGACGGAAGAGAAGGUUGUGUAUUUGGACCAUUCGGACAGCAGCGAAAGCGACGAGUUCCAGAUACUGUGAGGUGUUUGCGGAGGGCUUGGGCCGGUUCACCGGGGGCACGGUCGGGUUCCACCUUCGGCCGCACGCGCGGCCGGUGUUCCUGCGCGCGCGCCCCCUGGCGUACGCGCUGCGCGAGCCGGUGGAGCGCGCGCUCGAGCAGAUGGUGCGCGACGGCAUCAUCACGCCUGUCGCCACCUCCGACUGGGCCACGCCGAUAGUGCCGGUAGUUAAAAAAGAUGGCACCAUACGGGUAUGUGCUGAUUUUAAGUUAACGCUAAAUAAAAGUUUAGAAGUGGACCACUAUCCUUUACCGAAAGUAGAAGAUUUGCUAACUAAAUUGCACGGGGGAAGUAAGUUCACUAAAUUAGACCUGUCGCAAGCUUACGCCCAGUUUGAAUUGGAUGAUGAGUCUAAGAGAUAUACGGUAAUUAACACCCACAGGGGUUUAUUUAUGUACAAUAGACUGAUAUAUGGGCUAGCCUCUAGUCCCGGUAUUUUCCAGAGGAAACUCGAGCAAUUGUUUGCGGAUAUGCCUCGGGUCGGUGUCUUUCUGGACGAUUUGAUUAUAACAGGGGUCGAUGACCGCUCGCACAUAGACACGCUCAACGAAGUGUUUGAAAGGUUAAGGAAAUAUGGUUUAAGAGUUAAAAAGGAUAAAUGUACGUUUUUUGCUGACUCGGUAACAUAUCUUGGAUUCGUAAUUAGUAAGGACGGCGUGCAUACAUGCCCUGAAAAGAUUGAAGCGAUCAAGCAGGUACCGGUUCCAAAUAAUGUAGCAAAGUUACGGUCAUUCCUAGGGUUAGUGAUGUAUUAUGCUAAGUUCGUUCCGAACAUAAGCACUAUACUAGCGCCUCUGUAUGGACUUUUGCGGAAAGAUGUGAAGUAUGAGUGGAGUGAAGCUUGCAUGCGCGCGUUUAGUGAGGUAAAACAAAUGUUGAUUUCUGGCGAUAUAUUAGCACAUUAUUCGCCAGAUCUUCCCCUAAUUCUGACCACUGACGCGAGUAGUGUGGGGGUGGGUGCUGUCAUAUCGCACCUUGUGCCCGGCGCCGGCGACACUAGCGCCACCGAGCGACCAAAAGCGUACGCAUCGCGUGUGCUUAACGCCGCAGAGAAGUCGUAUUCGCAAAUUGAACGAGAGGCACUUUCAAUAAUUUAUGGAGUCCGAAAAUUUCACCAAUACUUAUAUGGUAGAAAAUUUAUUCUAAGAACGGACCAUAAGCCCUUGGUGACAAUUUUCGGCGAUAAAGUAGGGGUACCCGUAAUGGCUGCAAGUCGUAUGCAGAGGUGGGCGGUUAUUUUAGCUGGUUACGAUUAUACCAUCGAGUAUGUGCGGAGUGACGGGAACGCGGCCGAUGCUUUAUCUCGCUUGCCGGUGGGUAAGGAGAAGAGCGAGCGGAAAGAAGUCACAUAUUUAAAUUUUAUCCAAAACUUCCUACCGAUUACGAGGAAAAUGGUACAAGAUCACGUUAGUAAGGAUGAAGUACUAAAGAAAAUAUUCCUGUUUUUACUGUCCGGCUGGCCUACUAGUUGUAACGAUAACGCCCUUAAGCUGUAUUACCUGCGGCGCAAUGAAUUAUAUAUAGACCGGGGUUGUAUAAUUUGGGGCUAUCGGUUAGUGGUUCCAGAGGCUUUGAGAGAUCACUUACUCAAAGAGUUACAUGUCGGUCAUUUAGGUAUCGUGAAAAUGAAGAGUCUCGCCCGAAGUGUGAUGUGGUGGCCUGGAAUAGAUAGUGAGAUCGAGGAGUUAGGUAAGCAGUGCACGACGUGUGCCCUAGAGGGCGCUGCGCCACCGCGAGCGCCGCCGCAACCGUGGCCGUAUAACCCAGAGCCCUGGUCGCGAUUACAUAUUGACUUCCUAGGACCUUUCCAUGGCGAAACUUUUUUAGUCAUCAUAGAUUCAGCAACGAAAUGGUUAGAAAUAUUCAAAAUGGCUAAAACUACUGCGAGGGGAGUUAUUAAAUCGUUACGGGAAACGUUUGCUCGUUUUGGGCUGCCUUUAGAAGUAGUUUCGGACAACGGUCCUCCGUUCACGUCUAAGGAGUACGCACAUUUUAUGGAAAUUAACGGCAUCAAAAUGACAUUUACGCCAGCUUACCACCCAGCCUCCAAUGGCGCUGCGGAGAAUGCGGUUAAGUUAUGUAAGCGAGCUAUUAAAAAGGCACUUCGAGAUGGUUGUGAUGUGGAUGAAGCUCUUCAAGCAUAUCUCAUGAUGUACAGGAACGUUGAGCAUAGUUCUACAGGGUCAGCCCCAGCUAUGCUGUUACAACGUAGACGACUACGAUCGAGGCUAGACUUGUUAAGGGGUACUCGGCAGGUCGAGUCUAGGGUACAGCAAGCUCAAGAUAAACAAGUGUUGAACGCGGGAGGGAAACCUAGAGAACUUAACGUGGGCGAUUCAGUGUGGGCGCGAGAUCACGCCGGGGGAAGCUGGUUAAGUGGUCAGGUUAAGGAGAAAGUAGGUUCCCGGAAUUUUAUUAUAGCUAGGGAAAGUGGUCCACAACUAAAAAGACAUUUAGAUCAGAUUAAAAGACGGCGUAGCAGUUAUACAGUGACCCUGUCGGAUGUGUCGGAGACGGCGGCAGGCGAGGAAUCCGCGGUUAAUGACACGGAGGCGACUCAGGGUUCGCGCGCGCCGGAACCUGUGGUUCAACCCGAUCUUAAGGAACCACCCCAGCUAUCUGUAGAGACUGUAUCCCUGAACACAGGACCCAGUCACACGGAAUGUAAUGAGUCCCCUUUGGGCCGACCCAAGCGCAUGCGUAAGGCCGUGCAAAGAUAUGGCUUCGAGUUUGAUUAAAUUAUUAUGUAUUAUGUAUCCUAGUUUUGUUGUCACUCGCUUUACUAGUAAGUAGGUAUAAGCAAAACAUGUAUUAGUAAUUAAGGGUGGAGGUGUAAUGUAUGUGGGUAGACUUAUGCUACCACAAUAGAGGGUAGAUUUCGUACCUGUCUUUGUCGAUCGAUUAAAUGCAAUACCGAA